AUGUCAGGGAGACCGCCGUAUAUAUAUAUACACACGCGGGGCGUAUAAACACCACCGCGCCGCCUGGCUCAUACCGGCUCGGCUCGGCUCAGCUCAGCACGGCUCGGCCCUGCCGGCUCCCCAUGCUUGGGGCCCCGCCGCGAACCCCCACAUGCCCGCCGGGAGAGGCCGGCAGCCGCUCUCCGCCGCCGCGCCCUAGCCCGCUCGCCCCGCGCCCCCAUGGCUCCGCUGGCCGAGGUGGGGGGCUUCCUGGGCGGCCUGGACGGCCUGGGGCAGCCGGUGGGCGCCCACUUCCUGCUCCCGCCCGCCGGGGAGCGCCCGGCACUGCUCGGGGACCGCCGGGCUCCGCCGGAGCGGGCGGCCCGCGGCGGCGCAGCGGCAGCAGCAGCAGCAGCAGCAGCAGCAGCGGACCUGGCGCACUUGCAGGGCAUCCUGCGGCGGCGGCAGCUGUACUGCCGCACCGGCUUCCACCUGCAGAUCCUGCCCGACGGCAGCGUGCGCGGCACCCGCCAGGACCACAGCCUCUUCGGUAUCCUUGAAUUCAUCAGUGUGGCAGUGGGACUGGUCAGUAUUAGAGGCGUGGACAGUGGCCUUUACCUUGGAAUGAAUGAGAAGGGAGAACUUUAUGGCUCUGAGAAACUAACUUCUGAAUGCAUCUUUAGGGAACAGUUUGAAGAGAACUGGUACAACACUUACUCAUCCAAUGUGUACAAACAUGGAGAUUCGGGGCGACGAUACUUCGUAGCGCUUAACAAAGACGGUACUCCCAGAGAUGGGGCAAGGUCCAAAAGACACCAGAAGUUCACACAUUUCUUGCCUCGGCCCGUGGAUCCUGAAAGAGUUCCAGAACUGUACAAAGAUGUCUUAGGAUACAGCUAAGGAGGGAGGCAACUGAGGGAAAAAAACCCAUACUGGAGCUCUUGCCUCUGCUUUCAUGGCAAUACCAGCAUGAGGAACCUGCCAGAUGUCUGAGAUGAUGGAUUGGAAGAAGCUGCUUUGUGAUAGGCGAGCAUCUGGUUUAUAACCUUUGGAUUUAGGAGACAAGCCUUAAAGCUGGCAGUGGACCAGCCUCCGUCAAACCUGCUGAACUGUUUGGUAGCCAGUAACCAGAGGGGAGUUGGGAGUGUGACUUUUUUUAAAAUAACAAAAUCUUGGCAAAUUUGUCUGGAUUACCUAUAGUCCAUGAAUUAGCAGA